GGAAGAGCCGCAGCCUCUCAGCAUCAGCACCACCACCACCACCAGCAGCAGCAGCAGAGCCAUCUCUCUCUCUCUCUCUCCUCUCCUCCCCUCCUCUGCUCUGCUCUGCUGCUCUCCCCUCCGUCCAUUGCGGAACAUCGGCCUGUUUUGCUCCCAUCGCUCCUCCAGCGGCAGACCCAGCUCGCCAUGGACAACUCCGGCAAAGAGAAGGAGGCCAUGCAGCUGAUGGCUGAAGCCGACAAGAAGGUCAAAGCGUCCGGAUCCUUCCUCGGGGGGAUGUUCGGGUAAAGGAUGCUCUCAUUCUCUGCUGCUGUCUCUGUUUACCUCUCUCGCUCUCUCAUUUUAGUACGGAGGGGGUAGGAGUCGUGCGUGCAGGGCCCAUUAGAGCCUGCAGCUUCUGUUUUCCUUGACGGAGAGAUCAGAUCUUGCUCUAAUAUGCCUCUGAUCAUUCUUGUACUCAGUGAUUAGCUCGAGAGGCCGGAUUAAACCAUAACCCACCGUGCCUAAUGUCUCGAGAGAUUUUUAUUGUAUUUUUUUCCACAUACGAGCUGGUGCAAAGCCGUGACACUGUGUCCUUCUGAGGGGAUUUAUCUCCGCACACCUUUAAUCUAAAUGUGAGCUGUCAUCGCAGAUAAUGGCCUGCGUGACGUGGCCUGCCACGCAGAAAAAUGUAAAUGUUGCACUCGGCUUGUGAGUGGGCUUUGAUGGAGCGCGAGGCCGGACAGGGGGGGGCGCGGACAGGCGGAUGAAGAAGCGCAGACAGGACGGUGUGCGGAGCGGAGGACUGGGCCGGUGAUGGAGAGUGGGGAUGCGGGGGCUGGGUUUUAGUGGCUGUGUGCGCGCGCGUGUUUGUGUGCGUGGAAGGACGGGGGGGGCUUUGAUGUGCGGUGGGAGUGGAUGUUUACGUAAAUUAGAUAGAUAGAUAGAUAGAUAGAUAGAUAGAUAGAUAGAUAGAUAGAUAGAUAGAUAGAUAGAUAGAUUUGCUGAUUGGCUCACUGAUCAAUUGGCUGGCUGACUUAUGAUAUUGAUAGAUUGAGUGCUCAGGCUCCUCAGUCUGUGUCUAGAUCAGGUGUGGUAGAGCCUAUAUCUGUUAGUGUUUUAAGUAGCCUAUGUCUGAUGUGUUUUAAAAAAUAUGGUUGAUAAAUGAAGAGGAGCAUAGAUAUAAUAUGUUAAAAGGAAGUAUCAUUACCCAAGAACUGCUCUAAUGUUUAUAAUAUGAGGUUAUCCAUCUACUGCAGUGGUCUCAGACUCAAACUGGCUUCGGGCCACUGUCUGUAUUGUCAUCCUAACAGAGGGCCACUUCAAUUGAUGCACCACAAGAGAGCAAAAUAUUUCUGAUAAUGUGCUCAUACUCUAUGCAUUAUUGUUUCAUACUCCACUAAAGAUCAGUUUUUAUACAUUGGUUAAUAUAUUUUUUAACCUUCAAGAUAAAUGUUUUGGUAUUGGUUGUACUGAUCAGUCCAGCAGUGACUUCCCUUUUCCUCCAUUCAAGAAAGGUGGCAUUUCCACUUAACUCCACUAAAAUACUGCAAUGUAGUACAGUACAACUUUCUUGAAUCAGUCUGUGUUUUUCACCCACUUUCCUUUGCAGUUCAGACAGACAUAUAUUUGCUGUAAAAUCCUAAACUCCAAAACCCUGCCAAGAACCCUUGGCCAUUAUUGAAGUUAUUCUUUGACAUAUUCAAGUGUUUAUAAAGAUUUUAUAUCACUUAGUUGUUUAAUGGUCAUAAAAAAAAACUGAAAAAUAAUUUAACCAAGUUACUUCAUUUAACUAAUGCAGGCCAGAUUACGCCAUAUUUCUGACAUCCCGGGUGGGCCGAAGGGAGGGGACAGGGAGCUGGAAGUUUCUGGAAGAAUAUCUGGUUAUUGGAAUGACAAUGCCUUUGCUGCUCAUUGCAAUAAUUAGGCUUGCCAAACACUGAAGGCUUAUGACAGUCAGCAACAUAAAAUAAGACAUCUAAUGACAUUAUCUUGGGUAAUUUGUCAUUAUUUUCUGCAAUAACAAGCAAUUGAGAUAAAAUAACAGUGGCUGCCUCGACUUGAUUUCUACCUCUAUACAAUCAUCCAUACUACAUUUAUUUACCCUGACAGACUAUCUGUGAUCAUUUGGAAAAAUCUAGUGUGAAAUUAACCAAAAAGAAAAAGCUAGAGUAAAAGUGAUAGUUGUCUUCAAAUUUUUUACAGGGAUAUAAUUUGAGUAAGUGCUGGUGAAAAAUAAUUAAAAGAUUGAUUCAUGCUGAAAUGAGUCAUUAACUCAGUCAAGUUUUACAGAAAUUAAAAGUUAAAAAGUUAAGUUUAUCAGCCAAAUUAAUAAAAUCCUAUAAAACAUGAAAAGCUUAUACACGGUAUAAUACUUGUCAAGACACAACGAGCAAUUAUUUGCUUUAAAUAUAUAUUUUUUUUUUACUCUCAAAUAUGCAUACUUGUACUAAAAGGGGUAGUAUUUUUGACUAAGCAAAAGGAAGUAAAUACUUCUUUCCUGUUGGUGGUGUUGGUCACCUACUCUUUUUCAAGUCUGUGACCAGAGUUUUUGAUGGCCAUUGAAAAUUCAUGUUUCAGAGAAAGGAGGAUAAUUUUAAUCAUGAGGCAGUUUACCCUUGAAUCUGAGCUCUGUAAUAGGUCACAUCUGUUUUCUUCACAUAGGCACCUGGAUAUUAAUUUAAUGAACCUUAGCACUGAGAUAACAGACAGAGCAGACUUAUACAGGAUCAUUUUAACCAGUAACCAGUCGUUGUAGUCUCACUAACAAAAACAUUUUAGAGUUACAUCAUGAACUCUUGAUUUUUUGCUUUUUUUCUGUGUUUACUGAGUUUCUUUUUGAUUACAUUCAAAAAUUCAUUUAAUGAAGUAUAAUCUUGACAGACCCAGGACUUUAAAGCAGCCCUCUUCCCCACACAGAGUGACCAGCACUGUAUUAACUAGUUCAAGCUGCACUCACACAAUCAUGCAUUAGAUAUUCAGUGUGCUAGAUACAGAUGGUCUAAAUUUAUGUUAUAUUUCUGUACACACUCCUUUUGAAAACAGAUUUGAGCCUCACAUGAGAGAAAACUUUGAUUUUGGGGAGGUUUACAUCAACUGACUGUGAUGAUAUCCUCCAGCCCUCAAAAAGCUCUGAGUCAGAGCGAGACGCUGUACAGUGUUUGAACGAAACGUAAGCAUUUUUUUUUUGGCAGACAAAAAAGGACAACCCAGGCACUCCAUAAAUGUACAGCGAGGGCAGGGAUUUUAAAAUAUUCUCUCUUGUGGUGUCUUGAAAUAGUGUGAAACAGCAAACAGCAGGUUUCCAGAUAGGUUUCCUCUGUGGGUGGGUGAGUGGGGGGGUCUGUUCAAGGUUUAACCCAGUCAGAGGCGAUGAUCCCUGCUCUGGGUAAAAAUGAAAUAAGAAAAAGGUCUAAUUCAGAACCUAACACACUCAAAAGGUUGUUCCACUCACUGUCUUGUGGGUUUAAAUGAACUUUGACUCAAUCAGCACAGGGUUGUUGCUUUACAUUAACCUUUUUAUAGAAAAAUAAUGCUUCAGACAAGAAUAUAUCACACCAAAACAUGACGCUGAUAAUGUUUUUUCUUUCUUUCUUUCCUUUUUUUUAAACAUGACCAUAUUUGUUGAAAAUGUUGGUUUUUAAUUGGCCAAUGAAAAUAGGCCAAUACAUUAAAGUCUUUUUAUUUAUUCCAAAAAAAUGGCAAAAUAAAAGAUAUGUAUUUGUGUGUUUUCAACAGGGGAAACCAUAAGGUGGAGGAUGCCUGUGAAAUGUAUGCUAGAGCAGCCAACAUGUUUAAGAUGGCCAAGAACUGGAGCGGUAGGUGUCACACACACACACCCACAUGCACACGAGCACACACAUUUAAAUAAAUAGAUAAACACAUUACUCAUAUAUAUGCAUUAAAUACUAUACAUGGAAACAGAGGCACAAAUAAACAAACACCCACUCAAACACCCACAUUUGACUGCUUUUGUUUAUUUGAGUAGCAUUGACAUAUUUACAGGAAAAAAAAGAUUUACUAGUGCAGAGUUAUUUUGUUUGCAAUGACGGCUCUAAAAAUCAACAUGCAGUGGAGUCAGAUAUUAAAUUCAGGACUGUUAAGACAAAGAAGUGGCACACUGGCUGCUCUAGAUGUGCCAAUAAUAGCUCAUUCUGAGCAGAAUAGAUAGCUGCAUAGCUGUGUUUUGAUAUUUUUUUCUGCUUGAUAUGAGUCCUCAGACUAAAUCGAGCACUGACACACAGACUAUUGAAACAUGUCUUCCUAUCUGAACGAUCAUAAACGGGUCAUGUGCACUAGAAUGCAUUUAUUUUAUCAUGUCCCAUGGUAACUGUGACUCUAUGUUUUUGUGCUCAUGUUUGCAGCUGCGGGAAAUGCAUUUUGUCAGGCUGCUCGGCUCCACAUGCAGCUGCAGAACAAACUGGACUCAGCUACGAGCUUUGUUGAUGCUGGAAAUGCUUACAAAAAGGCCGACCCACAGGGUGAGCGCUGCUGUCCACACACACAAACACACACACACACACACACACACAGAAGCAGCAGCACUCCUCUUAUGUGGCUCCUAUAAACACUGCACUCUACAGAAGAUAUCAAACUUUUGGUAACAAAGACUUCUUUGUAUCUCAUUUUACCGUCAGUCUUUUUUCUCUCAUUUGACAAUUAGGGGACCACCAGGCGUGGUUUUAUUAAGCCAUGAAGCCAUGCUCAUUUACCAAACCCAAAUUAAACAUGUUAUUUCUCUACCAGGCUUCGGUGUAUCAAAUCUGGUGUCUCUGCAAACAUUGUAAUCCCUUCUAAUUUCUACUGCCUGUUUCAGGAUAAAAACAAAAAUGUGAAAAGGUGGACUUCCUUUUUGUAUGUCUAAACAUGAUGCAUAAGCCCAUCAAAACACAAGUUUCUAAAUUAAUUGUGAUGCAAUGGCUGGAUUCUUGAGAAUUUGUUGUUGUGACAAAUUCAGUCUUACAGCUACACCCACCAACCACACUUUUAUCAAAUGUCUCAGGGCUCCAACAGGCUCCUGUGUACCACAUUUGGUGAGUCUGUAAGUAAGUUAACCCCUUUAGAAAAACACUUCCUGUUUGAUAGUAAAAAAAAAAAAACAUCACCACGGUGAUCGUGUUUGGCGUAGAAUUAGGUGAACUUGGGGGCAGUGGGGGAAGAUCUAGGAAUGUACCAGAACAAUGUUGAGGAAAUUUCAGUUAACCAGAUUGGGAAGCAGUAUCUUCCUGUUGCCAUCAGGUGGGGCUAAACUUUUUGGGAAAUUUUCAAGGAUGGAUGUGUUCAGACUGGGACCCCUUUAUAAGCACAGGCAGUUUCGUGCAGCUGCGUUAAUCCAGGAUAAAGCUGGAACAGUUUGAAAUUUCAUGGUGAGAGUUUAACCAAAAUCUAAAUUUCAGUACUCCCAGCUCUCUCUGGAGUGUUCCUUAUCAUAUCAUGCCUGUCAGGUAGAGUUUAACCUGGGAACCAGGUGAAGUAUACUUAUCACAGUUCUGAUAUUAAGAAUAGUUGUGAACAACUUAAAUAUUUCAAUAGUUGUGUACAUUAUACUCAUAUUGCAAAUUUGAGAUAAAUAUUGUACUUGUUCCACAAAACACUUAUUUGACAGCUUAAGUCACAAGAAGCUUUUAAAACUGAGAUUGAGAAUGCAAAAUCCAGAUUAAAAUAAAAAAAUCAUGAUGUAAAAGCUUUAUCUUAAGGGUUACAUUAGUUACAGAGACUGUAUUGACCCUUUUGAUUCUUCACAAGUUACCUGGUAGUACAGAAAUUUAAUAAGCUGCAUUUAUAGCUGCAACAAUAAAGCAAUAUAAUACAGCAUGCUCUAUACUGGAAAUAAGAUAUUUCCACACCACAGCACUGUUUCUUUCACUGAGAUUAAGAUCGGUUAACUUCUUCCACUGCUGGUGCUCAGUGGCCUCUUUUUCUCCGUAAUUAUGACUCCGCCAUGCCACAUGUGUUAAAAGGGACACCCACUGUACUACUCCUUAGUCAGAGUCAGGACCCUGAGGUACUAUUAUUGGAGGUUUUAAACAAGUCCCUGGGUUACUCUAAGACAAAUGGGAUCUAGGUUAUGCUGCGUCAGCCCUGUAGCCUCCCUGUAAUGGGCUUAAUAAAACACUGUGGGUUAGCAGGUUAGUGGUCACAGUGGGAGGAAGGUGGAAGAGUUUUAAUUUGGCGGAGUAGAGUCAAAAGGCUUCGGCAGACUCUCUUUCCUUCUUAUGUUUUUAUAUUCGUAACUUCCAUCCUAACUCUCUCAUUUGUCUUCUUGUAGAGGCCAUCAACUGUCUCAAUCAGGCUAUUGAUAUCUACACCGACAUGGUAAGAUCUGACUGAACACUGAACUGCUCCCUGCUACAUUCAGGCUUAAACGUGAGUAUCACUCAAAUAUAAAAUAUGUGUCUUUGUGUUGAUCACAGGGUCGGUUCACUAUCGCAGCCAAACAUCACAUUACCAUCGCAGAAAUUUAUGAGUCUGAGCUGGUCGAUAUUGAGAAGGUGUGUAUUAACACUGUGUGGUUACUUAUGAUCUGUAGAUGUUUCCUUUAGAAUAGAUUACAAAUAAGAUAUAAUUCAUUGUAAAGAUAUAUAUAAUUAUGGUUAUCUGCACUGAUUUGCAUCUUUUUUUUGCAUCCUAGGCAAUCGCCCACUAUGAGCAGGCAGCAGAUUACUACAAAGGAGAGGAAUCUAACAGGUACAUGCACCAGUUAAAGUUCAAUGAAAACAGAAAAAACACUGAUAUAUUACGAAAACAAGGGCUUUGAUUUUUUUAUUUUUUAUUUUAUUUUCUAGCUAACUUUGAUUUAGUUGACCUUUUUUUAAGCAAUAAUUUGUCUAGUGUCAGAAAUUGUUGAUCCAGUGACUAAGUAAUAAUGACUCCCUAACUUCAAAUGACUUUUGCAGACCCGUUUGGCCUCUGCAGUGAGAGUCUAGUCUGAUAAACAGUUCCCUUUGUCCACUCAGGCAGGGUGUUUAAACCAGCAGUAAAUACUCAUGUUAGCUGUAAACUCAUGGUGUUGUAUCUUUGUUUUGUUUGUUUGUUUGUGUUUCAGCUCAGCCAACAAAUGUCUCCUGAAGGUGGGACACUACAGCGCUCAGCUGGAGCAGUACCAGAAAGCUAUUGAAAUCUAUGAACAGGUAACAGCUGAGUGCACACACUUUUUACAAUAAUCAUAGAGAAAAUAAAGACAACAACUCUCCAGAUUAAUGCCACUGAAAAUAUCUCAUUCACAUCUAUUUAAAACCAAAUGAUUAAUUCUUUUGGUCUGGCUAAUCUUUGGGGUUCCUCUCAGGAAAUAACUACAGAAAUAUGCCAUUUUACAGGUUCCAGAAGUUUGACACAGAAAACAGAGAGAAAUAAGUUGAAGAGAUGAAUUGAUGUCAAAGCCAUAACCUAUUUAAAGAGAUAAUGGUAUUCUGCUUGUUUUGUUUUAGGUUGCUAUGAGCACAAUGGACAAUCCUUUGUUGAAGUACAACGCUAAAGAGUAUUUCUUCAAGGCUUCUCUCUGUCACUUCAUAGUGGAUGAACUGAAUGCCAAGGUAUCUCACUGAACUCACAUACACACUGUUUCACACACGCACACAGAGACAAUCCAACAGCCUCUUAAUGUAUGAUUAGCAAAGGGAGAAAAGGAAUUUCCUUUCUCUGUCACCCAGAUAUGGGAACUGGAAACUUUUUGUCACUAUUUUGAUAACAGUAAUAUCAGUUCUGAAGAGUCUAAUGGGAUUAUCCUCUUUAAAAAAGUUUCCUCAAAUGGAGACAACAAGUUUGUCCUUCAUUUGUGGUUCUCUAUGAUUCUCUCUUGAGAAUUUGAAAACACAGAUUUUUAAGCCCUGUAAGCAUAGAGUUUAUGUAUGUUUUUUUCGCUCUGGUUGAGUAAUUAAAGCUUGCAUAGAUGUAGAAAGAUCUUUGUUAUGACAUUUUCUGGGUAUGGCACAUCACAAAAAUAUGCUUAACUUUUAGAUUGAAAAGGUCACAGGAUUUCUACUGAACAAUACCUUACACAUCAUACUAUCCUAUACUACACAAGAUGAUACAAUACUCUACAAUAUGCAAGCACACACAUGUGAACCCUAGUGACUCUUUGUGUAUGUGCGUGUGUGUGUGUGUGUGUGUGUGUGUGUGUGUCCGUGUGUGUGUGGACCUGCAUUUCAGCUGGCCAUUGAAAAGUAUGAGGAGAUGUUUCCAGCCUUUACAGACUCCAGAGAGCUAAAACUUUUAAAGGUAAACUGCUUCCCAUUACAGUGCUGUAGAAGCGAAGGAGCGAAUAAAUGCAUUGAAAGGGUGACUUUAGAUGCAUGCAUAUUUAAUUGGUUUUUAAAAAGUGAUUUUAAACACUACUCCCUCUCUUAAGUGUUUGUUGUUUUUGAUACCUCAUAGAAACUUCUAGAAGCUCAUGAGGAGCAGAACAGCGAGGCAUUCACGGAGGCCGUCAAGGAAUUCGACUCAGUAUCUCGUCUGGAUCAGUGGUUGACCACAAUGCUGCUCCGCAUCAAGAAGACCAUCCAAGGAGAUGCAGGGGACCUUAAGUAGACAUGUGUAGAGACAAAAGGGGGAGAGAUGGGGGAGACGUGGGGGGAGAAGGGGUUAAAGAGAGUACAAAGAUCAGGGGAGUGGGGUUGGUGAUAGCAGAAGGAAUGAGGAAUCAAAAGAUAUGAUAUGGUGGACAUGAAGACAAGAGGGAGACAUAUGGGGUAUGGAGGGUGGGACUGAGGGAGUUUAUAGUUGUACAUAUCAAGUCUGCAUGUGCCCCCCCCCCCCCAACCACUAGCUAAGCAUCACCUUUAAACCACCUUUAGACCCCCCCACACCCCCCUGCUCCUACAGUAUUGCUCCUGUAACAUUGGACUGAAAUGUACUUAAAGGGAGGAAGUGGAGGAAAAAAAGUGUGUGUGAAAAAGAGAGUGUGUGUGUGUCCACUGCAGUGAGGUAAAUUAUACUAUUUGAUGGGAAAGUGUGCAGCUCAUCUCAGAUUUAAGGAUAUAUGUGAGUAAAAAGAUAAAAUGUUAUUUAUGAGAUAAUUAAUAUUUAUUGUCAAUAAUGACAAUAUAAUUUAUUGUUUUCCGGUGCUCAGUGUUAACAAUUUGUCUUAAUAUUUUAGGUAUUAGCCUCCUUCCUAUUUUACUCUCCUUCACCUCCUCCCCUCAGCAGUUCUUCCUCCCCUUUCUCCUCUCUCCCCCCUUGUCCUCUCCUCACUUCGCAUCCCCCUGUCAAAUCAGUGCUACCACCCAUCGUGAUUGGUUAGUUCUUUGUGUUCUGGCCAAUGGUUGGUUGUUGCAGUCAGCCUGCAGUGCUCACUCCAGUCUCUGCCUUGUUUGUGCAUGUCUGUUGUCAUGUUGACAUAAGUGUUCUCUGUGUUGUGCUAAUCUGUGAAGAAAAUACAUGUAGCCUGGUAUCAUUUGUGUGAAAUCAGUAAAUAUGUACCUCAGAUACCGAGUUGAAAUAAAAACAUCAACAAUCAAGAUAUCUGA